UUCCAGCCCAAGCGAGUCAUUCGCCGCGAACUCUUGCUUCGACCACAACAAUUUCAGUUCCUGAAACAAAGCACAUUAAACGCGCUAAUUGAUAAACAACAAAGUGCUCCCCAGAGAGAAGAGUAAGCGGAAAUCCCACACCCAACCGAAAAUGAAGCCCACCAAUGCCUCCACGCUGGAAGUCAUCUCCCCGAAGGUGCGGGUGGAUAAUGACUUCAUCACAUCGGACUACGAGUACCAGACGUCGCACGUGAAGCGCACCUCAUCUGGACAGCUGCAGGUGCACCCCCAGACUACGGCGCUGAAGAUACGGACCGGCCGCCAUGUGCCCAAACUGGGCGUGAUGCUGGUGGGCUGGGGCGGCAACAACGGCUCCACGCUGACCGCCGCCCUGGAAGCUAACCGCCGGCAGCUGAAGUGGCGCAAGCGGACUGGCGUGCAGCAGGCCAACUGGUUCGGCUCCAUCACCCAGGCCUCCACAGUUUUCAUUGGAUCUGACGAGGCUGGCGCAGACGUGUACGUUCCGAUGAAGGAGCUGCUGCCCAUGGUGGAGCCGGACAACAUUGUUGUGGAUGGUUGGGAUAUCAGCGGCCUGCAUCUGGGUGACGCCAUGCGCCGUGCCGAGGUCCUGGACGUGGCUCUGCAGGACCAGAUCUACGAUCAGCUGGCGCAGCUCCAACCACGCCCAUCCAUCUACGACCCGGACUUCAUUGCGGCCAAUCAGUCGGAGCGCGCUGACAAUGUGAUCGGGGGAACGCGUCUGGAGCAGUACGAGCAGAUCAGGAAGGACAUUCGCGACUUCCGGCAGCGAAGUGGCGUCGAUUCCGUCAUUGUUCUGUGGACCGCCAACACAGAGCGCUUCUCUGAUGUUCGACAGGGUCUGAACACCACCAGCCAGGAGCUCCUGGCCUCGCUCCAGGCCAACAAUUCGGAGGUCUCACCGUCGACGAUCUUUGCAAUGGCCAGCAUUGCUGAGGGGUGCACCUACAUCAAUGGCUCGCCACAGAACACCUUUGUCCCUGGACUGAUCCAGUUGGCCGAGGAGAAGAAGGUCUUCAUAGCCGGCGACGACUUCAAGUCUGGUCAGACGAAGAUCAAGAGCGUUCUGGUAGACUUCCUGGUGGGGGCCGGCAUCAAGCCUGUGUCGAUUGCCAGCUACAACCACUUGGGCAAUAACGACGGAAAGAAUCUGUCCGCUCCUCAGCAGUUCCGCUCCAAGGAGAUUUCCAAGAGUAACGUGGUGGACGACAUGGUGGCCUCCAACAAGCUGCUCUACGGGCCGGACGAGCAUCCCGACCACGUUGUGGUCAUUAAAUACGUGCCCUAUGUGGGUGACAGCAAGCGAGCCAUGGACGAGUACACAUCCGAGAUCAUGAUGGGUGGCCACAACACCCUGGUUAUCCACAACACUUGCGAGGACUCCCUACUGGCCACACCCUUGAUCCUGGACCUGGUCAUCUUGGGCGAGCUGAGCACUCGCAUACAGCUCCGCAGCGCAGAGAACGAGUCCGCCCCCUGGGUGCCCUUCAAGCCGGUCCUCUCCCUGCUGAGCUACUUGUGCAAGGCCCCGCUGGUGCCCCAGGGCUGCCAGGUGGUCAACUCGCUUUUCCGCCAGCGGGCUGCGAUUGAGAACAUAUUGCGCGGCUGCAUCGGCCUUCCGCCCAUCUCCCACAUGACCCUGGAGCAGCGGUUCGACUUUGCUACCAUUACGAACGAGCCUCCGGUGAAGAGGGCCAAGAUCCUGGGCCAACAAUGCGCCGUUGAAUCUGCCACAAAUGGCAAGAUUCAUGCCAAUGGACACAGCAAUGGAUCCGCCAAGCUGGCCACCAACGGGAACGGCCACUGAUAGUAUAGCUCCUUGCUUUGGAAAUAUAUAAUUGGAAUACAUACGGUUUAAUUGGAUAAUUUACCAAACUAGACUUAAGAUACAAUUGUACAAUUACUGAAUAAUCGUUUAAAAUAAAACCUAAAACCAGA